AUGGAUCGAGCUGAAGAAGAAGCAAUUGAACAAAAACACUACCAUCAACAACAAACAAAAUACGAGCACCAUCCACCAUCAAAACACGAUCUAAACGACAAUGAUGAUAUCUCGGUCAUCAUUGAUACUACAGCUGGAGGAAACAAAGACAUUACCAAAGAAGACAUGCCUUCACGUCAUGUCCAUUUUCUAAUGGCUCAUCGCUACAAUGACCACCCUACCGAUGGCAACGGCAGCCAUGAUGAUAAUAAUGGGACUUGGUCCAAUGUCCUCUUGUCUGGUUUAGCACCCCUGGGACAACAAAAAUCACCAGCCGUAUGCAUUUGGAUCCUUCUAAUUAUGGUACUGGUUGCCAUUUCUGGAGAAUUGCUUUGGAGCAAAGAAACUGCAGGUGAAUUUUUGGAAUUGGAUCCUUUCAAUGUCAUGUUUGGGCCUUCCAUACAGGUGCUUGUACAAUCGGGGGCACGAUAUCCACCAUGCAUGUUGAAUUCAACCCAUAUGCCACCCACACGUCGUUAUAUUUGCAUCAAUGCCACCACAGCAGCAGCGAUGGAGACGAUGCCGGUUUCAUUGUUUGAUCCUGCUUUGCCACCCAAUGAAACAACAUCCCUUGUUACAACACCCUCCACAUGCAGCCUUCAAGAUAUAUGUGGAUUUGGAGGAUUUUCCAAUCCAAGGACUCCUGAUCAAGCUUUUCGGUUCCUUACGCCCUUGUUUGUGCAUAGCGGUCUCCUCCAUUGUGCUGUCAAUUUGGCAGUGCUCAUGUGGAUGGGGAUAAAGCUUGAACGAUUAAUGGGCUCUUGGAGGUUUAUAGCCUUAUACUUUUCCACAGGCAUCUUUGGCAAUGUCUUUGGGGCCAACUUUGCUCCUCCUACUACACCUUCCUCUGGAUGUAGUCCAGCAUUAUUUGGUCUUUUGGGUAGCUUGUAUAUCGACCUCGCUUUUCGAUGGAAGCUUGUGCAGCAACCGCUUCGACAUUUCAUCAAAUUAAUAGGAUACACAACUCUCGGAUUUGUAGUCCUUGAUUUGCUUCCAGGAGUGGAUAGCUUCUCAAACAUGGGAGGCUUUUUGGCUGGUCUUGCAAUGGGGUUAUCCACUGUGCCUGCAGAACCAAUGAACAGCAAACGGUCCUUUUUGAUGCUUUGGGCUGCUCGUGGUAUCACUUUAAUAAUCAUGUUCAUCUUGUUGGGAGUUCUUCUCAAUAACUUUUACGGCGAGAAUGGUCCGGAUGAGUUUUGCACCUAUUGUCAAUAUAUAUCAUGCUUACCCAUCAAUGGCUUUUGCUCCCAACAAAAGAAAUAA